ACCAACUUUAGGAAAAAAAAAAUAGUCAGGGAAUAUAUUCCGAAUCAUGACUGGAAAAGAAGGGGCAGUGUUGUCUGAGAGUUUAAAUAAACCGAAAUCUGCAUCCCUGUCGGAGAACACAGGGGCGAACCAUCAGCCGUCAAAGAUCAUCUCGACCAACCCUCCCAGGUGUACAGGAUUUGGGAUUCAGGAAAUAUUGGGCUUGAACAAGGAGUCCUCAUCUGUCCCCAGGGCCGCCCUCGAAUCCCUGCCGACUGGAGCUCACCUGCUGGCGGCUAGGUCAGUUCUGAGCCCAGCUGGGGUGGGCAUGGGGAUGGGACUGAUCAGUGCCGGGGGCAUCCCGGCAUUUUACAGCCAACCUGCCUUUCUGGAAGUAUUGUCAGAUCCACAGAACGUCCACCUUCAGCCGCUAAAUAGGACAACGGGACCUUUGGACACCAGCCAGACGGCCAGCUCAGAUUCUGAAGACGUUUCCUCAAGUGAGAAAAAACUGUCGAAGUCCUCUCUAAGUCAGAGUAAGAAACGGAAGAAGCGCAGGCACAGAACGAUCUUCACGUCCUAUCAAUUGGAGGAACUGGAGAAGGCCUUCAAUGAAGCACACUAUCCUGAUGUCUAUGCCAGAGAGAUGCUGGCUAUGAAGACAGAGCUCCCGGAGGACAGGAUACAGGUGUGGUUCCAGAAUCGACGUGCCAAGUGGAGAAAGCGUGAAAAGUGCUGGGGACGAAGCAGCGUGAUGGCUGAAUAUGGGCUUUACGGCGCCAUGGUGCGACACUCAAUUCCCCUUCCGGAAUCCAUCCUCAAGUCUGCUAAGGAUGGCAUCAUGGAAUCCUGUGCUCCAUGGCUCCUAGUUCAAGAUGGCUUGCCAAUGACCAGACGCUUUUCUAAAACCGAAUGCCCACAAUUCUUUUUAGGAAUGCACAAAAAGUCCAUGGAGGCCUUGUCGAACUCCCCAGGCGGGAAAGCUGAUCCCCUGCCAUCGCUGGCCGUUCACAAGCAAGACGAGAGAGAGUCCGAAGACCUGAGGAAAGACUGCAAGUCUCCCAUCUCCAAAGAGGAACUGAGAGAGAACAGCAUUGCGGCACUCCGGGCCAAAGCGCAGGAGCACAGCGCCAAAGUACUCGGGACUGUUUCUAGUGACGCACCGCCACGCAAGGCAAUGGCGCUGGAGGAAACGGAAGAGAAGAGUGGCGAGAGCGUCAAGCCGGCGGAGGAAGAGGACGACGUGAAAUAGGCGUGUAGUCUGAACGCAAGGAGGCUGGACAUUUGAGGAGACUGUUGAGCUUGACAACCUUUCUUUUUAUUGAUGUAACGUUUUUUGUAUAUUUUUUUCGAUAAUAUUUCUGCUUGAUAUUUCUCUGCUCAUGAAAUGAGUACCUUCGUGGAGGUUGGAUAUCUUCAAAAAGUAAAAUCGGGGGCAUAUUAUCAUUUGUUUUUUCUUUUAAAGAGCAAAAUAGCUGCUAGUUUUUGUUUAUGCUGUGCUGCCUGUCACUUCUCGAAUGUUUAAUUAAAACGCACAAACUCUUCGAAAGGAUUACUGAGCACCGACAAAGAACACGCGGAAAUGUCCGAGUAGCGAAUCGCAACAAAAAAGAGAGCACGAGUGAGUAAGACCGCCAUGGGACAGCAAAAUUAGUCAAACGAAAAUAACUAACUAGACCAUUUCAAAACAGUGUUGGGGAACGCAACUUUUAAAAAGUAACUGAGUUACAUUACUGACUGCUUACCAAAACACGUAAUUGAAUAUGGCAUAUUGCAAUGCGUUACAAACAGUGCAUUGCUUUUUAUUCUUCUGUAUUAAAAAUCCUACGCCCAUGUAGACCCCGUCAUGAAACGUAUCAGUAGCACGUAUCUGGAUGAAAAAGAUGAUACUUUAUUUGUAGGUUUCUGUUACACUCUUUUAAUACUAGUACUGUAAAGGCACUUUACUGGGCUGUGUGGUUCCUUGUUGAACCCUUGCCUGAAAAAAGAACCGUUUAAUUUGGGGACUGAAAAAAUAUAUAUAACAAAAAUAUUACAGAUGAUUGGACAAAGGAGAAAUCUUUAAUGUUUAGUAGACAGGAGGAUACUUACAGAUCAAGAAAAUUUAAACUUAAUCCUUGUUGUUGUAUGCAGCGAGAGUCCUUUUAAAAUCACGAACCCAUUGUCAUUUUACGAAAUCUGUUUUUAUAUUGACUGCUACAGAAAGUUCCUUCGGGGACCUUCAUGUGGAUGGCUCUUCUGGUAAUCGAAAAUGGCCUCGCUCUUCAGAGCCACUUUGGCACCCUUAGUUGUUAAGAUUGUACUGGACUGCAGGCGACACACUCUUUGUUGAUUGGCUGUGUAACUGAGCCGUCCAGCACAUUUACUUUGGUGAUCACUGGCUCCCUGUGAUGCUAAACUGGGCCGGUUAAAUUUACCCCUCUGCACAUGCAGGACUAAAUGUAUAUUUGUAACUUUUUUCAGUUCUAUUCCCUUUAUUGCGCCCUAAGCAUGAGCUAAACCUCUUCCUCCUUAGCGUUUAUCAGAUGGCCAAAGCACAUAUGUGCACAAUAUUACUGAAUAAAUGCAAUACGUCUGCAAAAUAAUACUUAUGUUUUUGUUUGAGGAGCAGGAAUUAGCUUUAGAAAUAAUGUAUUUUUAAGGUAAUACAAAUGUAUUGUGUUACAUGACUUGUUACUUUAAAAAGUAAUCAAUGUAAUGCACGUUACUUUUAAUAUGUUGCCCCCCCCCCAACAGUGUUUAAAAGUUGCCGCAUAGAGGAAAAAACACAAAUAAUAACAACAUAAAAAGUCACUUUUAAGGAUUUUCAGACCUUGACCACAAUGUCAAUACUUCUUGCUCCUAUUAUGUAGCUCGGGAGAUCCCAAAUCAAGCCCUGGUGUACACUGUGGCUAACAGGCUUUCAUUCCCACCAGUUACACAAAUCAGUAGGCCACUCGUAUGUCUCAACAACCUCAUUUUUUUUAGCUGCCUUUUUUCUUUUCUUAUUCUUUAUUCAGAACUAGUAGGAUAUUUGAAUAGUAUGAACUAGUAGGAUAUUUGCAUUGUGAACAAAUUUAGAGAUGUGAUUUCUUUGUCAUAGCUUUAAACACUAUGCUGUUAAUUAUUGUACUUUCUCUUGCUUUUUACGUUUUCUCUUUUAUGUUCUAUAUAAGGGUUUUCUCGUUAAUCAGAUGACAAGUGAAUUUUAUACACCCGAGUCUGAACUGCAUAUCACUAAUCCUCAGUGUCUGAACAGAGGAUUCGCAGGAAAAGGUGAAUUAAAAAGAAUAUGAUUCACAAAAGUUAACAUUUAAAGAUAUGGCAGAAAAAUGCACAUUUCUGAAUUUUGUUUACAUGUAAAUGCACUAGCACAUAUUUCUGAAUGCAAAAUAAGAGAAGACUAAUUAAAGAAUUAGAUAAUUAGAAUUUAUUAGUGAAACUGUUUGGGAAUGAAAACCCGCAGCCCCAGUGGUACUAGAGGACUGAACUUGGGGAGCCCUGAUGUAUCUCAUUGUGGGGCAGCAUAGAUGAGAGCUGUUUUAAUUUUGGUAACUUGUGUACAGCAGUGAUACAUUUUGUUGACUUCACAUGAUCUUUUCUGUUAAGAAAAUGGUCCCAUUUUGAAGUAAGCUUAGGUUAGGGAUCAAACUGUUCCCUUCUGUACAUUAUUAUUAAGUAAAUGUUGAUCACAACUUUUAUUUACUUUGUUUUCUCAUUCAAGAGGGGGCACUUACAGCUAUUUCAGUAAAAUCUCAAUUUUUCUGAAGCCACUUUAUCCGUUAAAGAGCCUGUAUCAGCAUGCUUGGGAUCAACCCUGGGUGAAAUCACAGGGCAACAGCAUAUAACCUCUAGCAGGGAAGUUUAGAGCUGCUUGUUAACCUCGCGUACAAAUGAAAAUAAACCAGAGUGCUGGGAAAACUCUUGAGCAACCUAUAGGAGGUAAUUGGACAGAGAUUAAGGCAGGAGCAGCAGCAAUAUCUACUGUCUAGACCCCACAUAGAAACAAGGACAACUCAUUUUCCAAUUUCUAUGGCAAUGACAUACUGAGAAUUUUAUGUAAGUUGUUUUAAAAUCAGACCCUCGCAAAGCACUGAGCUAUUUAAUAAUAAUAAUAUCAUUUAAGAAUUGACGUUCAGUUUUAGUGUUGUCACUUUUUAUACUUCAUGUGAUGCAGGUAAAAUUGUUGUAGUGAGGCAGAGAUUGUACGGCUGCUGUUGAUUCUGUCUAGAUAACCGCAGCAUGCAGGCAGCUGGUAAUGGCAAUAUUUUUAAGUUAUCUUUAUUGUUUGAAUAAUGUCUUUCGUUUUAUCACUCCUGGAAUUCACUCGCAAGUCCUUUUCCUGACAGUGUGUGGGAAGCACUGUUUUGUUUCUUUCAGACUGUGUCUAACAAGACGUGGAUAUGUCUGUUACAAGAGUGGACAUCAAUGUGCCACACCUUUAACAUUCACGGUGAAUAAAGUAAGAAUAACCUUCUUCAGAAAAAGUAGAAGAAAAUCCAAAUGUUUCACUCGGUCCCCAAGCACUUAGUGUUCAUCACUGGAGUCUGCAGAGUCAAACCUGGCACUAUUGUGAACAAAAUCAGUAUUAUAUAUUUUUUUUUUAAGUGAAAUGGCAGCAAUGCAGCUAUUCUACUAUGUACCUUGGUGUAAAUAUUGUAAAUAAAGUGAUUAAAAAUACUCCUAAAGUGUUUUAAACCAGACCUUCUGUAGCGAAGGAUCAAAUCAGUCAAGAUUUCUGUAUGUGAAAUAAACAGUGACGUUCUUUAGGCGGUUGCCUUCUAUGUUCUUGCUUUUAACACUGGUAAGGGGGUUGUCAGUGUCUCUUGGCUUUCUUUUAUUCCAUUAAGGAGACGCAAGGGCAUGAGAGAAGGCCUGGAUUAUGGGACACAUAGCAAGUAGACAGACCUUUGCCCUCACUUUAAUCCUAACCACUAUAAAGUUUCUGAUGUGGGACUAAAGAUCUGAUUGGCUGGAUGUAACAGCACAAGCCCCCUGUAAUCCUUGCAAAGAGCCGGUACAGGUCCAUGUUAGACUAGCAUCUGAUCUCAGUAGAACUGGGACCGAGUGCAGAUGCCCCUUCCCACGAAGUACUUCAAUUCCUAGUGGUGGGAUUUGACUUUGAGAGGAUUCAACAGUGUGCAGUACUUAAGAUGAGCGGUAAGUAAAAAAGAAAAAUCAGCAAAGAACUGGAAUUUCAACCACUUGCAGAAACCAUCGAAAUAAAACAGCUACAUGGACGUAAUAAAGAUGAGUGAAAUAAAGUUAUCCCAAAGAAAGUUUGACAUGAAGGGUGAAAGAAAAUGGCCGAGGGGAAGAGCUUGGAGGGUAUGGGAAGAAAAUGUCAAAAAAGCAGCCAGAAAGAAAGGGAUGACCAGUGAACAAGUCAAGAUCUUGGCAAAGCAGUCACUGGCUCAAGACCCUAACACCAUAAGGUACAACGGAAGAAGAUGAAAGUAAGCAGUUUUAAUAAAAUGGGUUGCUUAAUCAACCACAGGCUUAGCCAUAUAACUGGUUAGUUAAUAUAAAAAAAAAUGUACAUAGAGCAGGAAAAAUGUGGUCCUGCACGAGUUUAAAUGGAUUGUUGGAAAGCAUUUAGGGAUAUUUUUACACCAUUAUGCAAAACAGAUUUGAGGUUAGGGGGUUUGGUAGAAUCACUUUGUAUUAAGCAUUUAAAGCAACAAAAAAAAAGCAGAAUCGGAAAGAUGGAGGAAAGAGGGGAAAUAUUUAAGAUCUUUAAAAAGAUGAAUCAGGUGAAAGAUGAUGAAGUUAAUGAAAGCAUACCAAGCAUUGUAAGCACGAUCUAUAAGGAACUGAAUAAAAACCAGAGCAUUAAUAGUUUCAAGGAGCAGCAAGAAAAUUUAAAGAAAAAGGAAGCGUUUAAACAAUAUGAAAAUAGAAAGUGCCAGGAGAUGGACUCCAACCUGAAGUCUAUUUAAAGUUCUGGAGUUUAACAAGAAAUAAAAAAAAAUUGUAAAAAGUUAAAUGUUUGAAUAAACAAAAUAAAAAGACAUUGGAAUUUUACGAAGCGCAGCAGUCGAGACAACAAUUAGAGAUAUUAAAAGGGUCUGGAC